AUGAGCGCGUCGAGCCUCUUCAACGUGGCCAAUAGCUCGCCCAACGCACCGCUCAUCAUCCAUCUCCCCCCCUUUCCCACACAACAACCCACCAAGACUCAAGACCUACCAAGCGUCAUCCGCGACUGGCCUGUUGCAAGCAUCAACUACCGCUGGCACCAGACCACGCCACAACUCGCACCUGCGGACAACCCUCACCUGCCCAUACAAUGGCCAUGCCCCGUGCACGACGUUGGCUUCGCCUACACCUGGCUCAUCAACAACCUGCGACUGCCGGACCACACCCGCCGUGACAUUUACGUCUACGGAUCGUACGUGGGUGGCAGCCUCGCCACAUCUCUGGCCCUGACGCAGACCACACCACACGUGAGGGUCGGUGUUAGAGGCAUCGCUUGUUUCAAUGGCAUCUACAAUUGGACAAUGUUCCUCCCAGACCAUCCUGUCCACAAGAAAAAGACCAGAAAGUCGACGUCGAUGACAGAGGCACUCAAGCCGCCGCCGCUCGUCGAAGGCGCACAUAUGGAGGAACUGCUUCAGUCUAUACCAGAUCUCUUUCACAAACCUGCAGAUCUUUUCGACGCUUUUGCCAGCCCCAGCCUCUUGUUUCACAACGCUGGACUACAUAUUCCCUCCUCAUUCGACCAACACAAUCUAACCAUGGUGGAUAAAAUGAUGAAGCUUUCCCUCAAUAAGGACGAGAACUCGGUCUCGCCAGAUGAGAUGGUGAUGAAGCCUGCUCGCAAGUCUCAUCUUGUCUUCCCACCACGCGAUUCUACCAUCAAGAUCCCCCAAACCCUCCUGAUGCACACUAGUCCCAUUGUCACGGACGUCAAGAAGAAAUGUCGGAAAAAGCAUACCUUUGAGGUGCAGGCUGAAGAGCUCGCAGAUCUCAUGCGCCGUAGCAUUGAGAAGAUAGAGUUUAAGGAACGACAAAAAUGGGACGAUGAUACGGAUAGCUGGGAAGAGGCAGCGAGGCAGCGUGUUCGAUUACAGAACGUUGGUGACGAGAUAGACAGCAUCGUAUUGCCGCUCAAUGGCGAAGAGGCACUCAUAGAGUGGUUAAAGGAUAUAGUGUAG